AUGGCAUCUGUCAAAAGCUCCGUCACACAUGAGGAACUCUUAGCGUUGACGUUCCACAGCGGGGGGGGGGGCACAGACCAACAAUGUCAACAGCGGCCGUGGCCAGCAAAUCAACAACAAUGCUCAUUGACCAUCGAGCAGAAGGAAGAUUUCAGUUUUCGCGGCUCCGUUGGCAUCCAGCUCGGUCAAGCGCCCUACAUCGCCUCUGAACUUUUUGUCGGCCGUGGUUAUGAGCUUGAUGAGAUCGCAAAAGCUCUACACCCUGAUCACAAGGCUCAAAAGCAGCGACGCCUAGUUCUCGGCGGUAUGGGUGGUAUUGGCAAGACCCAGCUUGCUAUCGCCUACGCAGAGUCCGCGCGGGAAUCUUAUAGCUCGGUUUUCUGGCUAAAUGCAGUAUCUGAGGCCGCAUUGAAAGACAGUUUUCGAUUGAUUGCCAGCUUUGUCUUCGACAUUCAUGACCCCAGAGUGCUAGAGGACAAGGAGAUCGUGAGACGUGUACACCAAUGGCUAUCUACACCAAAUAAUACCGGAUGGUUGUUAAUCUUUGAUAGCUACGAGGACAGUGACCAGUUUCUGAUUGACGAUUAUUACCCUCUUGCUUCUCAUGGAGCUAUAGUGGUCACCACAAGGCGACCAGAUCUCGUUGCCGGGAGCACUAUUGACAUAAAGCCAUUACAAAAUAUUAAGGAUAGCUUAGCAAUCCUACAAACCCGAUCAAAACGAGAGAACCGCCUCGCAAAGCGACUUGCGGGUCUUCCUCUCGCUUUGGCCACCGCCGGGACAUAUCUUCAUCGUAGUACCUUCACAUUCGAACGCUACCUUCAAGAGUACGAGAAACGCUGGAACGUUGACCCACGCCGAACCAGAAAACUCCAGGAGUAUCAGGAGCGCACGCUCUACACCACCUGGGAUUUGUCAUAUUCUCGUCUAGAAAAGGAAGAUCCGGACGCAGCGAAACUACUGAAGCUACUUGCCUACUUCGAUAACCAGAGUCUUUGGUACGGGCUUUUCCAUGCUGGGCUUACCGAUAGCUCUCCCGAGUGGCUUCGUGAAGUGCUCAUAGAUGACGUGAAUUUCAAUGGAGUGAUGGAAGUCCUGGUUGAAUACUAUUUCCUCGACACUCACCAGACUUCUGACUCGUGGAGCAUGCAUAACUGCGUGCACGACUGGACACUGGUAAUACUUAAUAAGGACAUCGACGCAAAGAAUUAUUGGUAUGCUUUUGACUGCGUUUCUGCGUCUAUAAAAGAUGACAGCACGGAUGACUUUGCAAACCUCUCUUACUCUCCCUUGGCUGCUCAUGCCACGCGGCUAGUCCAACAGCGUUUGUGCCAGAACGACGUCAUAUAUGAUAUUGCGCCUCGUCGACUCGAUCAAGCUUCACUGAUUGCAAACCUACUUCGACACCAAGUACUUCUUCUUGCUGCAGAGAAGAUGUACCAGCGGGCGCUAGCUGGGCACGAGAAAGCACUCGGACCACCCAUCGACCCUCGACACUGUCAACAAUCUCAGGGCAGGCUAGACCAAGCGGAGCAGAUGUACCAACGGGCACUAGCUGGGCGCGAGAAAGCACUCGGAGCGAACCACCCGUCGACUCUGAUCACUGUCAACAAUCUCGGGGUCCUAUAUUGGACCAAAGGCAGGCUGGACCAAGCGGAGCAAAUGUACCAGCUGGCACUAGCUGGGCGCGAGAAAGCACUCGGAGCGGACCACCCGUCGACUAUCAACACUGUCAACAACCUCGCGGUUCUAUAUCGGGACCAAGGCAAGCUGGACCAAGCUCAGCGGAUGCACCAGCGGUCGGGACAACAGAUCAUCCUGCUAUCCUACGAACAGCCACGAACACUAAGACCCACGGCAUCGCGGUUCAUCUACAAUAGGCGGCUAUACCAGGCCAAACCCAUCCAUUUUCCCCCCUUGCUAUCGCGAGAGAGGGCCCACAUCCGGAACGGCAUCUAUGCCCAAUGGCAGAGCGAAUGGAGAGAAUCCCGUAAUGGCAGCCACCUUCGCAAGAUCGACAACGCACUACCAGCCAAAUACACGAGACAGCUCUAUGGAAACUUACCUCGAAACCAAGUGUACCUCCUGACGCAGUUACGAACAGGACAUUGCUGGUUAUCAACAUACGCCAAGUUGUUCCGUCACCGCGAUGAUGACCGGUGUGUCUGCGGGGCGCGGGAAAGUGUGAUCCACGUCCUCCUAGACUGCCCCGCGCUGAGGCACCUGCGCAGAGAACUUCAGGAGAAGGUUGGAGACGCGUUCAACAACAUAUCAACCCUCCUAGGAGAAGGAGGACCUAGAGGAGGCGAUACAGCUUCGCGAGCCAAGAUCUUGGACUUCGCAAAAGCAUCACAACGGUUCCAAAGUCGCGCGCCAAGAAGGCAGCAAUCCAAAAUAACGGCUAAGAGGCCACGGCAGGCCCCAACGAGGCUCUAA